UAAUCGAGUUAAAAAUUCCUUCGAAACAAGCUGUUUUGCCUCCUGUAUUGGUGCAUUGAUUAAUACUAUUAUUUUUUUAAAAUCCUAUUUAAUUUUUAACUUAUACAAAAUUAUCAUCCAUAAUAAUUUAACAGUACAAAAGUUUUAUAAUGUGAUUAUAGCAAAGAGUAAAAUUUCAGCAGAAUUAAACUACUGUAAAGCCGCUUUAGAAGAGGUUAUCUCUUCUAAACAUUUUGUUUUGUUUUUUUUCACAAUAAUUUAAAGUUAAAUUAGUGUUUAGAUUAUUUAAAUAACGAUGGUUCCAUUAGGACCUUCUCCGGGGCAUCCGGCAUCUAUGAAUAAUUCUACUCCAACAAGUGCAACUUCAAAAGGAAGUUCUGCUGUGAAACCUAAUUAUACAUUAAAAUACACUCUUGCUGGUCAUACUAAAGCUGUAUCUUCAGUAAAAUUCAGUCCUAAUGGAGAGUGGCUUGCUAGCUCUUCUGCUGAUAAGCUGAUAAAAAUUUGGGGUUCCUAUGAUGGAAAAUUUGAAAAAACUAUAGCUGGACAUAAAUUAGGAAUUUCCGAUGUUGCGUGGUCUAGUGACAGUAGAUUAUUAGUUUCAGCUUCUGAUGAUAAAACAUUGAAAAUAUGGGAGCUUAGUUCGGGUAAAUGUUUAAAAACUUUAAAAGGACAUAGUAAUUACGUCUUUUGUUGUAACUUCAACCCGCAAUCUAAUCUUAUUGUUUCUGGAUCGUUUGAUGAAAGCGUAAAAAUAUGGGACGUUCGUACGGGAAAAUGUUUGAAAACAUUACCCGCGCAUUCUGAUCCAGUGAGUGCUGUUCAUUUCAAUAGAGACGGGUCAUUAAUUGUAUCUAGCAGUUAUGAUGGAUUAUGUCGAAUUUGGGAUACGGCUUCGGGGCAGUGUCUGAAAACUUUAAUCGAUGAUGACAAUCCUCCUGUGUCGUUUGUUAAAUUUUCACCAAACGGAAAAUAUAUACUGGCAGCAACGUUAGAUAAUACAUUAAAACUUUGGGAUUACAGUAAAGGAAAAUGUCUUAAAACGUAUACAGGUCAUAGAAAUGAGAAAUAUUGUAUUUUUGCGAAUUUUUCUGUAACAGGAGGAAAAUGGAUAGUUUCUGGCUCAGAAGACAAUAUGGUUUAUAUUUGGAACUUGCAAACGAAAGAAAUUGUUCAAAAACUUCAAGGGCAUACUGAUGUAGUUCUCUGUACAACAUGUCAUCCAACUGAUAACAUCAUUGCUUCAGCAGCUUUAGAAAACGAUAAAACCAUUAAAUUAUGGAAAAGUGAUACGUGAAUAACUUUAUAAUAAAAUUUAAUAUCAAA